UCAAAGUUCACAAAAGAAAAUUGAUACAACAGAUGUUGAUGACAAGGAGUUUCUACUUGAAGAGUAUGAGAGUGAAGACGAAGGGGAUUUAGGGAGUGUGAUGUCGAAGAGGAAGGCUACUAAAAGCAUGCUUAAUUCUUCGAGUGAAGAUGAGUCUGAUGAUGCUGAGGAGGAGGAGGAUGAGAAGAAAUUCAAGGUUUAUUUCUGCAGCCGAACACAUUCGCAGCUUUCGCAGUUCAUAAAGGAGUUACAGAAGACAAUCUUUGCUAAUGAGAUGACUGUUGUGAGUUUAGGGUCAAGGAAAAAUCUUUGCAUUAACAAAGAUGUGCUUUCACUUGGAAACUCCACACGCAUAAAUGAGCGAUGCUUGGAACUCCAGAAGAAAAAGAAAAAUGAAGCUACAAGAGUGAAGAACAUAAGAGUAGGUGCACACACACGCAGAACAAAGGCCUCUUCUGGUUGCCCAAUGCUUAGAAAACAUAAACUACAACAUGAAUUCAGGAAUGAGGUAUCUGAACGAGGAGCCUUGGAUAUUGAAGAUCUUGCAAACCUUGGAAAAACAUUGGGAACCUGUCCGUACUAUGGCUCUAGAAGCAUGGUUGUGAGAGCUGAUCUUGUUGUUCUUCCAUAUCAAUCUCUUUUGUCGAAAUCAUCUCGUGAAGCUCUUGGUCUGAAUUUGAAAUCCAAUAUUGUUAUAAUAGAUGAGGCACAUAAUUUAGCUGAUUCACUCAUCAGCAUGUAUGACUCAAAAAUUACUUUAUCACAGCUGGAGAAUGUGCAUUGCCAUGUAGAACGGUACUUUGUGAGAUUCCGGAGUCUUUUGGGAUCAGCGAACCGGAGAUAUAUUCAAACUCUGAUGGUUCUGACUCAAGCUUUCCUUCGAGUACUACUCAAUGAGAAGAAUGGAAAUCUGAUGGAUUCUUACCAUGACAUAGAACAGACUUCUGAAGAAAGUAGAACAUCUGAUUUUACUAUGGCCAUCAAUGAUUUUAUCUUUGAACUAAAUAUAGACAAUAUCAACUUGAUCAAAUUGUUAAAGUAUAUAAAGGAAAGUAAUAUCAUGCACAAGGUUAAUAGUUAUGGAGAAAAGGUGGCUAAUUCGGAGAACACAUCAGCACGCAAUGAAAUUCGGGAACAUGGGGAGGAGGGGGGAUGUCUGUCUGCUUUCCAGGCAUUAGCGGAUAUAUUACAGUCACUGACAAACAAUGAUAGUGAUGGAAGGAUAAUAAUUUCGAGGUCUAGUUCAUCAUCAAGCUUUAGGAAACAAGGAGGAUAUAUCAAGUUUGUUAUGCUCAGUGGCGAGAAGAUUUUCUCUGAGAUUGUAGAUCAAGCACAUGCUGUUCUAUUAGUAGGGGGGACUCUUCAACCUAUAGAAGAGACAAGGGAGCGAUUAUUUCCGUGGUUACCACCGAAUCAGUUGCAUUUCUUUUCAUGCGGCCACAUUGUCCCUCCAGAUAGCAUUAUGCCAAUUGCGGUUUCUCGUGGUCCUUCUGGCCGCUCCUUUGAUUUUAGCUACAGCUCUAGAAGCUCACUAGACAUGAUGCGAGAACUAGGCCUUUUGCUAUGUAACUUGGUGACUGUGGUUCCUGAAGGAAUCGUAGUCUUCUUCCCUUCUUUCGAUUAUGAAGGUAAAGUGUAUGAACUCUGGGGAUCUUCUGGCAUCAUUGAGAGGAUUACUAGGAGGAAGCGUAUCUUUAGAGAGCCUAGGAAUAAUAUGGAAGUUGAAUCUGUUCUAAAGGAAUAUAAAGAUACCAUUUGUGCAUUAUCAAGUGUGAGUACAGAAGCAAACCAAGCAUCUCAAAGUGGUGCAGUGCUCCUUGCUGUUGUUGGUGGGAAGAUAUCUGAAGGGAUCAACUUAAGUGAUGGAAUGGGUCGGUGUGUCGUCAUGGUUGGACUGCCAUAUGCUAGUCCAUCUGAUAUCGAGUUAUUGGAAAGGAUAAAGCACAUAGAAGGUUUUCGAAAUUCAAAGUCCAUUGAAAAUACCCCAUUUGGUGCAAGUUGUGAUGUAUAUAAUGGAGAUGCACAAGGUGGUUUUGACAUCUUAAGAAGUUGCAGCCACAGAGGGAGAGAGUACUAUGAGAAUCUCUGCAUGAAAGCUGUAAAUCAAUCAAUAGGUAGAGCAAUUCGUCAUAUUAAUGACUAUGCAGCAAUUUUGCUUGUUGAUACGAGAUAUGCAUCUGAUUCCUCCAAAAGGAGCUUAUCCCACCCAGUCAACAAGCUACCACAGUGGAUAAAAGAUCGUCUUGUUUCUUCCACUAAUAACUAUGGUGAAGUGCACAGGUUGUUGCAUCAGUUUUUCAAAUUCAAAAAGAGAAGCUGAGAAUACUCACUGCAGAAGAAAAGGUCUUGCAAAGGCCAUGAUUUCCAUUAUAAUCAUUUAUAGGGAGAUGUCUUAGAUGUACCGGGUUGAAUUUGGUGCACCGUGCAUUAAGGCAAUACAAUGGUAGAGAUUUGAACAAUGAAAAGUGUGGCAAUGUGGCAUCCGUCAUGAUUCAAGUUUAUUCCUUUUGAUUGCCUUAGUACAUGAUGCACCAAGUACAAUCUGAUGCAUCAUAGCAUUGUCCCAUUUAUACCCUCAGUUUGAUAGUUAUUAAGUUCAAUUAGAUUCUUUAAUCUUUAAAUAUAGAAGAAGAAAGAAAAACUUGAAAUAGGGCAGAGCAGCAAAUAAAAAAUCUGUUUUGUGCACUUGACAGUUAUUCAUUU